GAGGCCGAGCUGGGGAGAUCUGCAGAAAAGCUGCAGGAUCCCGAGGACGCCCCUCUGGUCAUUGACAUAGGCAUGGGCCUGGGAGCGGACACGCGAUACUUCCUGUCACAGGGAUUCCGCGUUGUGGCCGUGGAAGCCAACAGACGGGCGAUUGAGGUAGCCAUGACAGUUGAUUGGGUCAAGCCUUUGGUGCUUGAUGGUCAGCUUGUCUUUCUUCACGCUGCUGUUGCGCCGCCUGGAAUGGGUGGCAGCACAACCACUGUCUACGCGUUCGACGAGCGUCCGGACUGCGGCUUUCACGUGCGCUGUCCAACUUUGACUUGA